AUGCCCCUCAGAAUUCUUGAGGGCGAGACGCCCACCCCGCCCUCCUGGGGAUCGUUGCCAUUGGAAAUUUAUGUUCUUUCAGAAUGGGAAACCCCCAAUCCCUCACAUCCCACCGAUCCCGAAUCCCCCUCAGACCGCCGCGGACGACUCGUACGCCAAUUCCUUGCUUUAGGGCACGAGGGUAGAGAGACCUACAGAGCUCGUGCGGAAAUUCCACCUUCAGUCUCUGAAGCGCAAUUAGCCGAGAUUCUUCUCCCUCUGCGCCCCGAGGCUCUGCGUCCCUUUGCUGGGUAUACCGGGUGUCUAGGUGAAGGCCUCUGGCUCCGUCUAUCCUAUGACGAUGAAGCGGCGCAUGAAUCUCUAUGGUCUACUAAUGAAGAUUUAACCUACGUUGGCCCUGAUGGGGUGAUCCUCGACGAUAAGAAUAUCUUCGGCGGGUUAGACUUAGUAGCUGCGGUGGAACUUUUCCCCGAGCGUAUCACAAACGAGGGCGUCAAUAUUGAGCUAAGAGAAACGAUUCUAAGAGAGACACUUAGCGAAUUAGAAGAGGAUACAAGAUCCGGCGAAGAAGACUAUUCUGAUGAGGUUAAAGAGAUGCUAGCGCGGCUGAGGGCGCCUAUUAUUGCGAACCCGCUCCUAAAGUAUAGUCGGUAUCAUGCUGCUUGUGUUGUUACUCAUAUCGUUGUGGGGGAUGAACCAGCACUCAAUGAUGAGGGCUUAUUACAUGUGUUUUUCGAUGACUGUGGGAAUAUAGUGAGGCAGUGGCGGGUGGAGGACGAUGGAGGAGAGGCUGACUUUGACGGGAGCUGGGCUGAGGGUAUUUGGAAAGAGUUUCUCAUUAAUGGAAUGGGAGAGGUUGGUCCUGCUUAUCGUGAGGGUGGAAUUCGUGGGUCCCCAUAUUUGUGA